GGAGGGAGGAAGGAAAGAUUGGCCCAAAAGAUCCCGGAGUAGCCUUGCAGCUCUGGCGUUCUAAGAUCCUUUGAUUUUUAAUUCAGAUGUGUUAUUUACCUCCGCUUGAAAGCUCUUUGAGAGCAGGGACUCUUGCCUUACAGGGAGGGCUUGGGACCCUCUUUUGCAUUUCUCUCCGCUUAGUAACGUGUGCACCCAUCAAACUUCUCAAAAACGCUUCGAUCGCCGCGGGUCUCCUGAAUAAAAAGCUAGAAUGGAUCUGCAGGGGUUAGAGAAGCUCGGAGGAGGAGGUGAAGUAUUGCGCUAUUGACCUGAGCUCCAAUUCAUAGUCACUGUGACCAUCACUGCUUACCUGGGAUUUUCCACAUACAAAAGAGGGCUCCUGUGUACACCAGAAUUUUCACUGCAAGAACGAGGUUGUAAUAGUUUCUGAUUUCUUGGUGAAAGGACAAAAAAGGCGGCUUCCUCCCAAUGAUGAAAGUGUGAUUGCUAGUGUCUUCAUGAGCUCCAGAGGUCAUAGCACACUUCCACGAACUCUGAUGGCCCCUCGAAUGAUUUCCGAGGGAGAGCUUGGGGGCAUCGCCCAGAUCACGUCUUCCCUCUACCUGGGCCGGGGCAGCGUCGCCUCCAACCGCCACCUCCUCCAGGCCCGCGGGAUCACCUGCAUCGUCAACGCCACCAUUGAGAUUCCCAAUUUCAACUGGCCUCAGUUUGAGUAUGUCAAAGUGCCUCUGGCCGACAUGCCCCACGCGCCCAUCGGGCUGUACUUUGAUACUGUGGCCGACAAGAUCCACAGUGUGAGCCGCAAGCACGGCGCGACUCUGGUGCACUGCGCCGCGGGGGUGAGCCGCUCCGCCACGCUCUGCCUCGCCUACCUGAUGAAGUACCACAGCGUGUGCCUGCUGGAGGCAUACAACUGGGUCAAAGCCCGCAGGCCCGUGAUUAGGCCCAACGUAGGUUUCUGGAGGCAGCUGAUAGACUACGAGCGUCAGCUCUUUGGGAAGUCGACAGUUAAAAUGAUACAGACGCCUUAUGGCAUUGUCCCAGACGUUUAUGAGAAAGAGUCUCGACACCUGAUGCCUUACUGGGGGAUUUAAGGCCGCCACAGCCUGCAUCAGCAGCUCCACGGAGCAGAACCAGCAUCUGCUACACACAAUCUGCUACACCUUUCUUUUCAAAUGAUCGACUUUUGGUUUUCCCGCAAGUGUUUUUUACACUGGGUGUUCAAGUCUAUUUUAAGAGGUAUCUGAGCUCACUUGAGAGUGACAAUCACUUUGUGCUAGGAUCAAUCCUUCAGACACAGGCUUUUUACUCAAGGCUGCCAACUAAAACAGCUGCUUAGAAAAAAUUUCUAUAAUGCUUCAGUCGUCAGUGGCGUCAACUGUAUUCUUUCUCAUUCAUGAUUCACUCAACCUGCAACUUCAAAUAAGUAAACUUUUAUUUAAUUGUAAGUAAUGAUAAUGAAAUUUGCUGCAGAGAUCAUCUAGGAGUCACUUUAUAUGUGAUCCUAGAUUAUAUUAUUAGUACUUUUAGUAAACUUGUAAUCUUCUUAAACUUUUGUUAGGCAGAUUUUUGUUUUUUCUGGUAAUGAUUUACUUUUAUGUUUCUUAUAAGGGUUAAAGAAAACAUGAUAAAAUAUGGGUCUUUCUGAAAAAAUUAUGAACAUUAUUUAAAAUAAGCUUCCCAGCUGAGUCACGUAUACCCAUUCACACCAUGCAGAUGGGCAGAUAUCAAUAUCACAGACGAGCACUGCUGGAACAGUGAGAAUAAUGUGUUUGUUUAAAAAAAAAAAAAAAAGGUAAAAGGUCUUAUUCUUUAUCAGCCCAUUGUUAAGUAGUAUGCUUUCUAAAGCACUAGGGCCCCCAUUAAAGGUAUCUAUUUAAAAAAAAAGAGUGCCUCUACUUAUAUUUUAAAAAAGUUAAUAAAGAUUAUAAAUGCAAUGGA